AUGGGUCGUCUAGCAUGCAAUUAUGUCAGCCACAGUUCCCAGCCUCGGCAUGUGAAGCUCAAUGCCGACGACAACCCAAACAAUAAUGCGCCCAUCAAGAUUGCAACUCCACCAAACAAAACCAAAAUGAGCGAUUCAGAAUCUGGGGAGCAGAAGGGUGGCGUGCCAUCAUGGCAGAGAGUUACAGCACAAAAGCCUUUACAGGAGGAAGAUAAACCGAAGUCGAAAACAGAUCCGACGAGCACAGCACCAAUGCUAGCACAAGCAAGGAAAUUUCUAGAGGACGAGGAAGUGAAGGAUGCGCCGACAGACAAGAAGAUCGCCUUUCUGGAAAGCAAAGGAGUAAGGAGUGAGGAUGUACAGGAAUUACUGGGGAUAUCAAGAAACCUAGAAGCUAGUAAUACAACACCACCCAUGGAAGAUACACAGAUCUCAAAACCGCCACCACCUCAGCCAUCUCCAACACCAAGUCCGCCCCGGCAGCAACAACAAAACCAUCCUCCCCUCCCCACACAACCCCCAAUAAUAACCUACCCCGAAUUCCUCACCACCUCGCCCCGUCCAGAUCCCCUCAUAACCAAACCACGCCUCCUAAAAACCCUCUACGCAUUCUCCUUCCUCUCCCUCCUCCUCUACGGAACAUCCAACUACCUAGUCGCGCCCAUGAUCUCCUCCCUCACAACAGCCCGCCUCUCCCUCGCCUCAACCACCUCCACAAACCUACGCAAACUAAUCGAGAAGCUCGAGAAAGCAGUCAGCACUAUUCCUAUCUCCUCCACCCCGCAAAAACCAGACGACUCAGAGUCCGAGCCCGAAGACCCAACAGAACUCUACCACCGCGACAUCGGCAUCCAAACCUCGCCUCCCUCCUCACCUACCCUCUCACCCUCCCCCACAACCCCCCUCGAUUCCCAAACCACAACCCUCUCCACCCUCUCCACCUCCCUCAAAUCUCUCAUCACGUCCUCCGAUUCCGAAGGCGAGAACAGUCGGGAAUUCGAGACCACAAUCGGUUACGUGAAGGAGAUGCUAGAGGGGAUGGCGUAUGUGCAGCCGCCGACGGUGAAUUACGGGUAUGGCGGGUUUAGUGGGGGAGGUGCGAAGGAGGAUGAUGAGAUUGCGAGGUUUUCCGGGGGGUGUUAG